AUGGAAGAAAAUCAAAAUCUAAAAAUUAUUCUUCUUGGAAACUCAAAUGCUGGCAAAACAAGUUUAAUCAUCAAAUUCAAAACAGACAGGUUCUCUACAGAUUCUGUCAACACUAUUGGAAUUGAUUUGAAUAUGGAGAAAAAUGUAAAGAUUAACAAUCAGCUUUACGAUAUUGCUAUAUGGGACACAGCUGGAUAGGAAAUCUAUAUUAAGAUGGUCAAAUUUUCAGCCAAAGAUGCAAAUACAGCAAUGAUUUGCUUUGAUUUGAGUGAGUCCAAUUCUCUCGAAAAUGUUGCCACCUGGAUCUAAUUGCUAAGAGAAGAAGGCCCGUAAAAUAUUUAAAUAAUUAUUAUUGGGACCAAAAAAGAUCUACCCACCAAAUAUACUUAAGAGUAACUUUAACAAGUAUAAAAUGCAUGGAAAGCUAAUUUUAAUUAUGAUUUUCCUAUGCUAUUAACUUCCUCCAAAACUGGAGAAGGUCUUAAGGAGGCUUUUCAAACAGCCUUUGAAUUAGGAGCAAAGGCUAAAUAGGAUUCCACUAUAUAACAAGAUUAUACAUCUUAAAUUAAACAACAACCAUAAAACUAAAAGGUUAUUGCCUUAAUCUCUAAUACUACAACUCCAAAGGGCAGUGAAUUGAAUCCUAAAUCUGAAUCAAGUUGCUGUUGA